UCCGAGCGGCAGCACCAGUUGUUGCUGUUUCUGUCUCAGAUACAACUCCGUAACAGGAAGCGCCCGGCCGGCCGGGUACCAGGCUUCCAGCCGACCGCACGUCCCGCGCCCCCUCCCGGGGUUCCGCGCCGCCGCCCGCCCCGCGCGCUCCCCAGCGGCGCCCGCGAGUCCCAGCCGGUGCGGUGCGGGUGCUGGGAGGGAGGGCACGGCCCGCCAUGGAGGUGGAGGAGGCCUUCCAGGUGGUGGGGGAGAUGGGCAUCUACCAGAUGUACUUGUGCUUCCUGCUGGCCGUGCUGCUGCAGCUCUACGUGGCCACGGAGGCCAUCCUCAUCGCGCUCGUGGGGGCGACGCCCUCCUACCGCUGGGACCUGGCCGAGCUCCUGCCGAACCAGAGCCACGGCAGCCAGUGGGCUGGCGAGGACCGGGCGCUGGGGGACUGGCUCCUGAGGGCCAACGGCAGCGAGCUGCGCAAGCACGUGCACUUCAGCGGCAGCUUCACCUCCAUCGCCUCCGAGUGGUUUCUGAUCGCCAACAGGUCGUACAAAGUCAGCGCGGCCAGCUCCUUCUUCUUCAGCGGCGUGUUUGUGGGCGUGAUCUCUUUCGGGCAGCUCUCCGACCGCUUCGGGAGGAAAAAGGUCUACCUCACAGGUCUUGCGCUUGACAUCUUAUUUGCUAUUGCGAAUGGGUUUUCGCCCUCCUACGAGUUCUUCGUGAUGACCCGCUUCCUGGUGGGCGUGAUGAAUGGGGGGAUGUCACUGGUGGCCUUUGUCCUGCUGAACGAAUGUGUGGGCGCCGCCUACUGGGCACUCGCAGGGUCGAUCGGCGGCCUCUUCUUCGCAGUCGGCAUCGCCCAGUGCGCCCUGCUGGGGUACCUCAUCCGCUCCUGGAGGAGCCUGGCCGUGCUGGUGAACCUGCAGGGGACGGCGGUCUUUCUCUUAUCUUUAUUCAUUCCUGAAUCACCUCGUUGGUUAUACUCCCAGGGUCGACUGAGCGAGGCGGAAGGGGCUCUGUACCUCAUCGCCAAGAGGAACCGCAAGCUCAAGUGCACGUUCUCUCUCACUCAUCCGGCCAACAGGAGCUGCAAGGGGUCGGGGAGUUUCCUGGACCUGUUCCGGCACCGGGUCCUCCUGGGGCACACUCUGACCCUGAUGUUCAUCUGGUUCGUGUGCAGCCUGGUGUACUACGGCCUGACUCUGAGUGCAGGUGACCUGGGCGGGAACCUCUAUGCCAACCUGGCCCUGUCAGGCCUCAUAGAGAUCCCCUCUUACCCUCUCUGCAUCUACUUGAUUAACCACAGAUGGUUUGGUCGGAGGCGGACGUUGGCAGCAUUUCUGUGCCUGGGAGGACUGGCUUGUCUCGUUGUAAUGCUUCUUCCAGAAAAGAAAGACACGGGCGUGUUCGCCGUGGUGAACAGCCGGUCCUUGUCUCUGCUGGGGAAGCUGACCAUCAGCGCCGCCUUCAACGUUGUGUACAUCUACACCUCUGAGCUCUACCCCACAGUCAUCAGGAACGUCGGGCUUGGCACCUGCUCCAUGUUCUCCCGCGUCGGUGGGAUCAUUGCUCCCUUCGUCCCCUCUCUGAAAUAUGUGCAGUGGUCUUUACCUUUCAUUGUCUUUGGAGCCACGGGCCUGACCUCGGGCCUGCUGAGUCUAUUAUUGCCAGAAACCCUUAACGCCCCGUUGCUAGAGACCGUUUCCGACCUCCAGGUGUACUCCUACCGGAGGCUGGGGGAGGAAGCUCUGUCUUUGCAGACCUUGGACGUCCCACAGUCCGUGGACAAGGGGAGCGCUCCGGGGAGUGAGAGUGAAGAGGAAGAAUUCUACGAUGCGGACGAAGGGACUCACAUGAUCAAGUGAGAGGCCCCAGGUUCCUCCUCCGGAGCAGGAGGUCAUCUUUUGUGCCUCCGGCGAAGGCAGGUUCUGCCGGGAACUGAAGAGAGCUGGGCUCGGACACAGGUCGAAGGUGCUCAGCUUCGGGACUGACUGACUGCAGGCACAGAGCGAGCUGGAGAAGAGAUUUCAUGAGCGAGGCCAUCCUUGCAUUGAGGAAAUAGACGUCACUGUGUCCAAAAUCCGGGUUUAGCCCAGAAUCGCGACCUCUGGCCAGACGCUCCAAUUCCCAGCCAGAGAGGCAAACCCGCUUGUUUCUAGAAGUCCGAUCGGGUUGCUGUUCCUUCAUCAGGACCUAAAGGCAGAUGUGUGAAAAGUUUUUCUCACCGUCUUAGUAACAGAAGAUAAACACCCUUAAGAUUUCAUUGGUUAGGUCCUUACGAUUCAUCCUUAUACCCUAUCUGACCUCUCCCCUUACCGGUUGCUCCGCGCCAGGAAUCUGUGAGGCGCGCUGGUCUGCGCAGUGGAAAGCCCAGCAUCUGUGUGGCCCGAGGCCCCCUCCCGACAUCUGCGUCCUCGGCUUGGUUUGCAGCCUCCUGGUGGGCUUGAGCUCCGCGUGUCUUUAGUCCCACAGAUGAUCCUCCAGGAAAAGCCAGCUGUACCAACGCCACGUUCUCGGCCAGAGGUGCGCCUGCGACUCCCUGUGAGCCCCCUCAACACUCCGAUGGUGGCAUUUCUUCCGUUCCCACGGUGUGCUCCUCUAGGAAAAUCCCAUCUCAGAUUUUUGGUGCCAGCAGUGGCUUCAGAAUCGCGCUCAGCACGUGACGGGGAUUUAUCGGGGGAGGGCACUUACCAAAAAUGACAUGUUGAGCACUUGGAUGUUGGAGGUGAGAGGGGAAGGCGCCAUCUUUAAUAAGGAAGAAGAGAAAGUGACCUUGCACAGAUUUUAAAUUUGCUUUGUUUCCAGUGUCAUGCCUGCAGUGAGGGACGGGGCAACGUUGAAGAACUUGAGCCCUUCUAGUCCGAGGUCCGCCCCGCCCCGCGUGGUCAAGUGGAAGGCACAGUCAUUUCAUAGGAAAACUUGGUGUUUCACUAACUUUCAAGAAAAUCAGAAUCAUACUGUGAGGUUCCUAAAAUCAUGCACUGAAAGAUCUGUGUCCCCAUGAAACUUGAAUGUGACCUCAAAUCGGAGUAUUCUCCUGGGGUCAGUGGGCGUGGGCAGCAGUGCUUUGAGUCACUUUCCCACCCAGGAAAAGCUGUGUUUUCAGAUUUGCCAUUUCUACUCAUCUCUUCGAGAGAAAGAAGCUGCAUUGGAAGUAAAGAGGUGAUGUCACCACGGCCGCUGCUGGAAACUCGGAGGCAUCACCCCAUCGGCUCCUGGACUCGCCUGUUCUUCAGCGCCGACCUCUUGGUUCGCACGGUAUCAGUCUGUCCUCUGUAUUCGCUGAAGUGUUUUCAUGUUCCUUAUGCCCCUCAGGAUGCACUGCGCUCUUCCUAAGUAGGGCCACCUCAACCACGUUUGUAUCUCUCUGCUACGCCCAGAACAUGGGCCUGGGUGCCGUAAGGACUAGGAAGAGUCACUGUUUCGCCUUCAGGGAAGUGAUGGAACUCCCCCCAGUGUUGUAAAGCCCGGGCAGAUGCGACCCAAACCCCCAGACCUGGGAGUCCUGCUCGUGUUUCUCUGGAAACAAAGGCCCUGCCCACCACCUGAGAGGAAGAACGUGCAAGGACACUUAGGCGCUCUUCUCCGAUGGUCGGGCAUUCAAAAUAAAAUAAUAAACUAAGUCACUUGUG